AGAGAUUUAUAGUGUGAGAGAAACAAAGAGUGAGAGAUGGAGAUAAAGCAUUUAGUUCUUGUAAAGUUCAAUGACAGUGUAACUGAGGAACAAAUCGAAGAUUGCAUCAAACAAUAUGGCAAGCUUGUUGAUCUCAUUCCUUCAAUCAAGGCCUUCAAAUGGGGUAAAGAGAUCGGCAUCUUGAACCUAAAUCAGGACUUCACGCAUGUCUUUGAGUUGACAUUUGAAAGUGUAGAUGAUGUUGUUGGCUUUACUACUAAUCCACAUCACACCGACUAUUCAAAUGUGUUGAUGCCUCUUGUGGAGAAGUUCGUUCUACUUGAUUUCCAGCCUACAAAAGUCUAACUAUGAAUUUAUGACUACAUGUCAUGUAGCUUAUAAUUAAGCAUAUCAUCUAUGUUUCUCAACUUGUUGAGCCUUUUCGUUGUUUAAAUAAGAGAAUGAGUUGUGAUGAAUAAUUACAACCGAUCAAUUUUACAAUAAGACGUUUCCAAUUAUUCAAUCA